CAAGAAACGCAACGCGUGAGGGAUGCGGUCACACCCCCUCGUCUUCUCUCAGUACGCCCCCGAGACCCGUGGGCGAACAACAAUACUUAAGGAGUUUGAUGCAGCCCACCUUACAGCAUCAAAUAUGAUACGGAGACCACAUAAUUUCCAAAUGAACAGUCAGUGAUACAUGAGUCCACAGAUAAUCAGCAUCUUGAGGAUCCUAACUAUGGAUGAAGACGGAGACACCCACUGAGGGGGAAAAUAACGGGGGUCCAUUUAAGAUGACACGGACGGAUCCCCCUGACAUAUUAACAUCAACUUUGUAUCAAGACAUAAAAAUUGGCCCUAACUGCGGUCUCCCACAGUAUUCUGGAUCUUCUAAGCGAUGUGAUUCCCAAAUGGUUGGCCCACUGGAUCAAAACUUUGAAACCAUUAACAAAAGACACUGCCGUAGCUUUGACUUCAUUGAGUCGCUGGAUGACCCAAAGGACUUUCCCUCGUCCAUGGAGUAUCCUUACAGGUCUGAUCAGCAAACAGUAAGUAAGGAUGCAGUCUGGAAUGGCAUUGGACAGCAGGGACACUUACGCUUUUCCUCACCGGAUCUGUUCAACUCAAGACUAUCCCAUCAACAGAUCAGCACAGACAAAAACGAGGCAGCAAGGACUAGCAUUCAUGGCAAGCCUCGCUCCAAAAGUGCUCCGAGGGUUCGAGCCACCCUGACCCCUGUACCCAUCACAGUUUCUCCACCUGCAACUACGAGGCGUCGAUCUCCAGUGGACCCCCAGAAGAGAUCUGAAAGUUUGCCCAAUCGAGAACCCUCCCAUUCAACCAGGGCUUUAGUUAAUGAGGUUCAUCCAAUCAAGUUACAACCUCACACACCCCUCUAUGUUUCUGAUUGUUUUGAGGAGAGUAGACAGGAGAAACAAGCUAACACUCCCCACGUCAGAUGCCGUGUUGAUAUUAAACCAGACGCCUCAGUUCUCCAGCACACUGCACGGAAGAUGCCUACUCACAGGAGUAAUGUUCCCUGGCAGCUUUCCUCGACAUCAGGGAUCAGGAACGUCUCAUUUCCAAACCAGAUGUCCACCUCUAGAACACCUACUCCUAGUGAGUGUUACAACAUGGACUACAGGCAAGCAUAUCAAUACCCCAACAGCUUGUCCGGUAGUUACGUUCAAUCUGGAGAGAUCCCAUUUGGAAGGACUUCUCCUAGAGACCCAAGGGAGUACAGAACCUUGUCCAAUCCCAACAUCCCAACCAAGUUCUUCUACACAGACGAUCCCUGCAGGUAUCCAGCUCACCAACCGAGUAGGGCAUAUUAUCAGGAUGACCAGUACAGUAUUAACAGCAGCAACAGCCAAAAUCCAUCCAUUAGUAGUCAGUAUGUACUCGACCCAAGGACUCGCUGGGUUCAUACGUUGCCUGUGCGUUCAUACUAUGCAGAUUCCCAUCGUGAACCCUUGGAUCCGUUCUACGGUAGACCGUAUUCAGUAAGUGAGCCAGGACCAUACUACAUAUCCACCCCUCAGAGUGAAACAUACUUUCAGGAGGAUCCAAGAGCUUAUGCCUUUCCCUCUGAGCCCUCAAAGAUGUUUUAUACACGGCCUUGCCAUUACCCAGCAGAUUUACACAUUCCUAUGAGAGCAUAUCAUACGGAGGGACGGCGACGGCCACGUAUGUCCCAGGUCUUUUCAGAUGACUGGAACCGCUCAAGCAUUGCCACAUAUUCCAGUCAGUACGCAUCCUCACAGGCCACUCCUCAACGAGUGCCAUCGAUAAGCCCGUGGUAUCCCAAUGACUUUACCGAGCCAAGUCGUUUAGGAGCAGAUGUCCGGAACUACUCAAAAUCCUGGGAUAACAUUAUUAUCCCUCAUAUGGACAGAGAACAUGGUGUUUCACGAGGCAGGAGCUAUGAGAACCUUCUCCAUCACGGAAGGCCAGGAGCUCCUUCGAAUAACACUCAACAACCGGUUAUUGUGAACCUUUCUAGUUCACCCAGAAGGUACGCUGCCUUGUCCCUCUCUGAAAACUGUCUAGAAAAAUGUGCCGGUGACAGACAAAACACUGCGAGGGGGCAAUGGUUUGUAACCCCGGAGAUAACAAUUACUGACAAUGACAUUCGAGCAGCAAAUAACAACAAGAGGGAUGGGGGAACUAGCAGCUGGAAUACCCAAAAUACAGGGCGAUGUCAAACUACAAACUUGCACAACUUACCGAGACAAGCAAACCCAGCAGAAUCCGCAGAGAGGAAGAACAAUAAUUACUCCCUGCAGCAAAGCCUCGAACAGCUUGAUGAGCUCCUAGCCGACCUAGUCAUUGAUUAUAAACCUCAAAAUAGCAGAAGACCAAGCAAGGAUCUGAUAGACCAACUCAAACAAUUGAUUCAAGAUGACGAGACCAAAGAAGGAAAGCGGGACGUAGAUCAAGAGGAUUCCGGACUCUUGAACACACAAACAGACUCUUCAAAGACCAGCCCAGACACAUUUAAAGACCCAGACAGCGGUUGCGAGGGUUUUCCGAGGAGUGUUGAGGAUGUCUCUUUGAACCAUAUUGCAGAGGAGGAUGACACUAUGGUAUGCUCCAACAGGAAGUGCUUACGCAAAGACACUACAUUCAAUGCCUGCUUGUACUUCAAGUCCUGCCACAGCUGUUACACCUACUACUGCUCCAGAAACUGUAGGCGAGAAGACUGGGACACGCAUAAGGAAAACUGUCUUUAUGGACGCAUUAGUAGUGUUUGCAGACACAUACUGAAACACUGUAGAGAAAACUCGGACGUUCAUAAAGCUUUCUCGCGCAUUGCUAGGGUAGGGUAUCUAUCCCGUGGGAGAGGAGUUCUGUUCUUGGGUUUUCCGAACCCUGGGUGUGCAGAUAACUUUGUUCAAGUUGGACUUGACAGUCUUACCAUCUCUCCAACAUAUCUGUCCCUUCGAGAAUUGGACAGCUUCAAAGACAACCUUGGGCAAUACUGCAAAGAGUUGCAGAAUGCAGGCAAGGAAUAUGACCCCACUGAAUGUUUCCUCCUGAAUGUAUCCAUUGCUGUUGGAGACCUAGUGCCUAAAAUUCCCUCACCCAAAUUACAAAUGCCAACAGUUCGCAAGUACGCCAAGGUCUCAUUGGCCUCCUCAAGCCCAGAUAAGAAAAUCUUUAAGAAAGAAUGUGAAAUGGAGACUUUGAUUCUCACCCCACCCCCUGGGACAUCUGACAUCGACAAAGAGGGCCAGGAGGGCAGGAAAGCGAGAGAGAUUUGUUUCAUUAACAUUCAACGGGAGCUUCGUACCCGGGGUGUAUUCCUCCGCCACGAGUUUCCACAAAUAUACAACCAGCUUUGUGAGUUUGUCGAGAGCAACAAAAGGUUCACCCCCACCACCAUCUAUCCCAUUGACAAGAGGACCGGAAAGCAGUUCAUGUGUAUGAUCAUGGCAGCGUCUGAACCGAGGAUGCUCGAUUGGGUUGGUGCACCACACCUACUAGAUGACAUUAUAUAAUCCUAUGCAUCCAGUAUUAUCAAGCUUUUGCUAUAUGAAAUAAAACUUAAAUGACUAAAGAUUUUAGAUAUGUAUUUUAAUAGUGAGACUAUAUUUAUUGGUUUUCUGUCUGGCACUAAAAACUAGAAUUAAUACAAGUUGCUUAUGUAAUAAAAAGCUAUGUACAGUACUUACUAGAAGAUAUGAGCACAUAUGCUUUACCUUAAAAUCUGUUUCCUCAGAAUCAGAAGCUUUUCUUUAGCAUUUUCUGUGCUGAUAUUUGGGACAAAAUCUUUCUGCAGUAUGGAUUUAAAUAGAGUAAAAGCGCAAUUAAAGUAUUUAAUGAACACAAUGAGUGUGAAUGACAGAUGUUCCAAUUCUGUGGAAGUUGCUGAACUUUCUGUGAAUUAUGUGUGGGCCUGCUUAUAACUAUAUUUCUUGUGCUAGUGUUUUACAGCAAGGAUAUAACAACUAGGAACCUUUGGAGAACCUCUGCAGAAAGUCUCAUUUUCUCUUGCAAUACAAUAUUGUCUAAAAGUCUUUGUCUUAGCCCCUUGAGAGGAUGAAAAUGCACUUGCAUGGAGAAUGCAUGCUGGCAAGGAAAAUGCAAAUUCACUUUAAAAUUUUGCAAUGGUUUGUCAGUUCUUUACAAUAAAUUAUAGUCACAGAUGAUGAUCAGUAUGGCAGACAAAAGCAUAUGUCAGGUACAUUUUUAUAGACAAAGUCAAAUAAACUGCUUGGAAGAUUUCACUGUAUUGUACAUGGCAACUGCUUUCUGUAUUGUAUUCAUGAGGUACUAUAUCUAUUCACAUGGUUAAAUCAGCUGAAAAGUGUAACCUUUAACUUUACUUGACAGGAAAACCACAUUUUCAUUAUAUCCAAAUAAGAUUACCUACUAAUUUAUUCAUCUGACAUGAAAGAUUAUUCUCUGUAUUAUUUGAGUGUUUUUAUUUUUUCAUGGUAUUGUAAAGUUCUGAUGAUCUCAUGGUGUUUCAAUAAAACAUUUGUUGAAAUAUUGUGUUAAAAAUGAUAAACGUGUAUAUAAAUGAUGCUAUUCUUAUUUUAAUCAUUUAUAAAGACUGACAAAACUUAGAAGCCUAUAUUAGAAAUGUAAUAUUUCAAUAGAAAAAUACAAAAAUUUGAAAAAGAUUUAAGCAACGGUGUAUAACACCAUUGUAUGCAAGAUUGUGUUAGAUAUAGCACUUUAUUAAAUUGCUGAGGGAAAAUAUAUUUAUAAGCAGACCAUUUAGAUAAUGUAAUCAACAGCAUGCACACAACAAACCUUACUGCGACUAAAAGAUAGUCAGUGUUACUGUGUUUAUUUCUGUUGCCAUUUUUAUGCCAUUAUUUAUUUAUUUACACUGUUCAUUAUCUGUUGUGUUCUGUUGACAAGUGUUGCUUUAUUUCUGUACUAUGGUCAAUAAAUGAAACACCAAAAAGUC